AUGGACAUAGCGGGCAAAGAUAAGGCUAUUGGCAUUGAUCUCGGGACGACUUACAGCUGUGUGGGAGUGUGGCAGCAUGACAGAAUUGAAAUUAUUCCCAAUGACCAGGGAAACAGAACCACUCCCUCCAUGGUUGCUUUCACCGCCACUGAGAGACUUGUUGGAGAUGCUGCCAAGUUCCAGAUUUCAACUAAUCCUACCAACACUGUGUUUGAUGUCAAGAGACUCAUUGGAAGGAGAUACAGUGACCCCUAUGUGCAGUCUGACAAACAAUUGUGGCCAUUCACCAUCGUUCCAGGGAAGAAUGGCAAGCCUAUGGUUGAAUUGGCCUAUAGAGGUGACAAAAGGCUAUUUGCGGCUGAAGAAAUCUCGUCCAUGGUGUUGGCGAAAAUGAAGAUGAUAGCCCAGCAAUAUCUACACUGUGAUGUGAAGAAUGCUGUUAUUACUGUGCCUGCUUAUUUUAAUGACUCGCAGAAGCGAGCAACUAAAGAUGCGGGUAAGAUUGCAGGGCUUGAUGUCAUGCGUAUCAUCAAUGAACCCACGGCUGCAGCAUUAACUUAUGGCUUUGGUGCAUUGGAGGAAGGAAUAAUAAAUAUUCUAGUUUUUGACCUUGGAGGAGGCACCUUUGAUGUAUCUGUAGUUACAGUUGAAAGUGGUAAAGUUGAAGUAAAAGCUGUUGGAGGGGACAUGCAUUUGGGAGGUGCUGAUUUUGACAACAGGAUGCUUAAUUAUUGUGUUCAGCUGUUCAACAAAAAACAUAAAGUGGAUAUGACAGGAAGUCAUAAGGCUCUUCGAAGACUACGUUCGGAGUGCGAGAGGGCUAAAAGAAGUUUAUCGUCCGCAGUAGAGACUGUAAUCGACAUAGAUAGCCUGUAUGAAGGGCAAGAUUUCCAUUCAAAGAUUAGGAGGGCAAAGUUCGAGGAGCUCAACGCGGACCUAUUUGACAGAUGCAUGGAAUUAGUGAAGCAAUGUAUGCAAGACUCAAGGAUGAGCAAACACCAAAUCAACGAGAUUGUGUUAAUAGGAGGUUCUUCACGUAUACCCAAGGUACAGGAAUUGCUAAGUGAAUUCUUUGAGGGAAAGGAGCUCUGCAAAAGUGUAAAUCCAGACGAGGCAGUUGCUUAUGGUGCAGCUUUACAGGCAGCUGCACUGAAUGAGGAAAACAUCAACUUAGUCUUGAUGGACGUGACUCCUUUGAGUCUUGGAUUUGAAAUUAACGAUGGUGUCAUGGAAGUAAUGGUUCCCCGUAAUACUCCCAUACCUACUCUGAAAGAGACGUCUGUCACCACAAGGUUUGACAACCAGACAAGUGUAAGUUUUCGAAUUUAUGAAGGCGAGAGUCGUUUGGUUGCACACAACAAUUUGCUCGGUGAAUUUGUCCUAGAUGGGAUUCUACCUGCACGGUGUGAUGUACCACAGAUUAGAGUCUUCUUUCAAGUGGGCGUAGAGGGAAUUCUUAGGGUCUCUGCCCUGGAUGUGGGAACAGGGUUAGACAACCAGAUUACUGUUACAAAUGAGUUUAAGAGACUGAACAAGGAGGAGAUAGAUAGAAUGGUGGCUGAUGCAGACAUAUUCCGAAAAGAGGAUGAAGAAAUUGCAGAAAAGCAUCUUGCUAAAAACAAUCUGGAAUGUUAUGUAUGUAACAUGAAAAGCAGGGUGACAGAAGCCAUGAGUAAGGGGAGGAUAACAAGAAGAGUUGCAGGCUAUAUCAGUGGGGCACUUAACACUGUUGAAGAAUGGCUGGAUGAGAAUGAAAAUGCCACAGUCGAGGAAUAUCGAGCCAAAUUGGAGCAAUUGUCAAGGACAUGUAGGUGCUUAAAAUAAAAGGAAAUGCUUAGGUUUGUAGUUGUUUAUGAUUAAUGUUAGGAAGAACAUUGGGCGUUGGGAGAAGCUGGUUUUAUUUUUGCUCACUUUUCAAGACAGUUAAGAAACUUGAAAUUAUUAGUUAUACUUACACAUAUUUGCUUUCGGUAAUCUAAUCCUGACAAUAGAAAAUACUUCGAAUCAGUACAUUAGAAUCUGAACAACCUUG